CGUGCCUUCCCCCCGACGAGGCAUGUCUUCUCCUCACCACACCACUCCUGCUUCCUCGCAUGAAUUCAGCGCGCCGUCGACUCUCCCCAGCUGAACAGGCUACUCCACCGUAGCUUUGGUGUUUGUCCAGCCCACCGCAGCCUCCCGGCAGCUGUGCCCUCUGCUCCUUAAGAGGCAGUCCUCCUCAUGACCUCCCCUGACUGCGAUUCAGCCGAAAUUCGCUAAAUGGGAUUCGUGGCUGGCCUGAAGUUUCCACGGCAACUGGCUAUCCGCUUACAUUAUUUCUCUAAUGAGGACAGCCAUAAGGAUUUAACACGGUUCCUCGCUGCGCGUCUCUGAUUUUUGGGCUGAAGACGCGUCAAAGGUCUGCACAUGGGAGCAGGCAAGAGCAAGCCCAAGGAGCCGGGCCAGCGCUCCAUGAGCCUGGACGGGACCAUCGGCACAGGCUCAGACAGCGGACACUUCCACCACCUGGGCCCCGCCCAGCAAACCUUAACCCCCAACAGGAGCCCUGCCGUUGGGACAGGCAGGAGGGGGCAUCAAGGGCAGCACCAGCACGCCCCAACAAACACUCCUGAGCUGGCUCUCUUUGGAGGGGUGGACCACACUGGCACCAUCACCUCACCUCAGAGGGGACCUCUGGCAGGAGGCGUCACUACAUUUGUGGCGCUGUAUGACUAUGAGUCACGGACAGCAUCUGAUCUGACCUUUAGGAAAGGCGACAGGCUGCAGAUUGUCAACAACACGAAAAAGUACAGCUUCAGAGAAGGGGACUGGUGGCUAGCUCGUUCCCUGACGACAGGAGAGAGUGGUUAUAUCCCCAGCAACUAUGUUGCUCCGUCCGACUCCAUCCAAGCGGAAGAGUGGUAUUUUGGGAAGAUCACUCGGCGUGACUCAGAGAGGCUCCUUUUGAACUUGCAGAACAGACGAGGAACCUUCUUGGUGAGGGAGAGUGAGACCACUAAAGGGGCAUAUUGCCUGUCAGUGCUGGACUAUGACAACACCAAAGGGAUGAAUGUUAAACAUUACAAGAUCAGGAAGCUGGAUAGCGGAGGUUUUUAUAUCACCUCCCGUACCCAGUUCACCAGCCUACAGCAGCUAGUCUUCCACUACCGCAAGCACUCUGAUGGGCUGUGCCACGCUCUAACAGAUGUGUGUCCUGUGGCCAAACCUCAGACCCAGGGACUGGCCAGGGAUGCCUGGGAGAUCCCCCGAGAGUCUCUGCGCCUUGACCUUAAACUGGGACAGGGCUGCUUUGGAGAGGUCUGGAUGGGUACAUGGAACGGUACAACAAGGGUAGCAAUUAAGACCCUGAAGCCUGGCACCAUGUCUCCAGAGGCCUUUCUUCAGGAAGCACAAGUCAUGAAGAAGUUGAGGCAUGAGAAGCUCGUCCAGCUGUACGCUGUUGUGUCUGAGGAGCCUAUAUACAUUGUGACUGAAUAUAUGAGCCAAGGUAGCUUACUGGACUUCCUUAAAGGGGAAGCAGGAAAGCUCCUUCGUCUGCCUCAACUAGUAGACAUGGCUGCUCAGAUUGCAGCAGGUAUGGCCUAUGUGGAGAGGAUGAACUACGUCCACAGAGACCUGCGUGCUGCCAACAUCCUGGUGGGAGACAGCCUGGUGUGUAAAGUGGCUGACUUUGGUCUGGCAAGACUCAUUGAAGACAACGAGUACACUGCAAGACAGGGAGCCAAGUUCCCAAUCAAAUGGACAGCACCGGAGGCAGCUUUGUAUGGUCGUUUCACCAUCAAAUCUGAUGUCUGGUCCUUCGGUGUGCUGCUCACAGAGCUAGCAACUAAAGGCAGGGUCCCCUAUCCAGGUAUGGUUAACCGCGAGGUGCUCGACCAGGUGGAGCGUGGCUACAGGAUGCCCUGCCCGGCAGAGUGCCCCAGCUCCUUGCAUGAGCUCAUGCUGUCCUGCUGGAGGAAGGACCCCGAAGAGAGGCCUACAUUUGAGUAUCUUCAGGGCUUCCUAGAGGACUACUUCACCUCCACAGAACCCCAGUAUCAGCCUGGGGAGAACCUAUAGAACCACACACUGAAUCAAACCUUGGGGGAACCUCAACACAGAGCGAUCUGCACUAACCGACCUCAGAGGAGCACCUGUGGAAGGAUCCGAGCCUGUGAAACUCAUCAGGGAGGAACUUGAGAUUCUUCUGUGGAAGCAAAACCGAGACAGAAACCUGCAGAAGUGCCAUCACGUGCCAUAAAGGAACUGCCACAGAAGAACCUGAAGAACCUCCUUUCCGCAAGCACUCACUGUUAACUGAAGGUUUUUCUGCAGAAGUGAGGUUCUAGGUUGUGAAGGAGAACUCCUGCUGGACAGACUCUGACCCUGAUUUGAUUGAGGGACUAAAUUUGCGGGUAAAUGUUUCUCAGAGGUGCGACUGAUGUGGGAGGAACCAAAUCAGGAUCUACAGAUGGAGUGAGAGUGAAAAGAACAAACCUCCAGUUGAAGAGAGAAGGUCAAGGGAGGAUAUUUCAAUGAGAUAUGAGCUGUUUAACCUCCCUCUUUCCCUCUUCUGAUUCUCCUUACCCUCAUCUCGUACUUUUCCCGCCCACAGAAGAGCACUGACGCUGUGGCUCAGGUGCCAAAGGAAAGCUUGUCUCUCUUCACGUCCUUUAUGUCUCUUCUGCCUCUCUACUUUUAUUUCUGUCUGACUUUCAGUAUCUCUCUCCAGUUUUCUCAAGUGCUGCUUCUUCAAAGUGUCUCCAAAUAACUCAGCUCUGGAACGCUACUUUGCAUCUUUAUUUAUUUUUACUUGGACAAUAUGCGUCAUGUGGUUUAAGGUUUUGUUCAGUGGCAGGCAGAAAUUGCUGAUUUUUCUUUUUCUGUGAUUAUCAGUAGGCAAGGUUAUUAGAACUGCGAUCAUCAUUGUAGUGCCAGGGUAAAUGUACUCAACAGGCAGGAUCUGUAACACUGAAAAUUAGGUGAAUUGAAUAAAAAAAAUUGGGGCCUUUCUCUUUUCUAGCUGUAUUUCUUCACAUAUGCUGAACAGCCGUUGUGGCUAGCUAGAAGCCUCAGCCUCAUUGAUUAAAUAUACUGUUGAUGCAGGUACUGUUUGAAUGCUAGCUGUUUUGACUGACCUUAAUUUUAACUGGAAACUUGCAUUGAAAAUAAUGAACACCAUUAUGGUGGCACUAAAGAGCAGUUUUAGCAGUUACAGUUCAUUUCCUCAGAGGUACAAAUGGGGUGACUUUGAUCAAACAUUUAUAUGACCUACUAAGAGGCUGAUGUGGCUACUAGACCAGUCACAUUACUGUUUAAUAUCCAACUCAGCUCGACAUGUGAAAGCCUCGAGUGGAAAAGCCAACGAUGUCGUGUCCCAAACAAAUGACAUUUCUCUACUGCUGUCCAUGUAUAUAAUGUUUUAUUAUCUGGGGGGGCUUACUUUGGGUUUUUAAACAGAAAAUAGUUUACUUCAACUGAAAUUAAAUCUCUGCACCAUUUCCCCCAGUAAACCUCCCACAGGUGAGUAAACAGGACAGGUAAACCUGUUGCUGUUUGCUGAAGGAUUCAAAAGGUUUUCAUUUGCUUCGCAGCUAUUGUGUCCAUGAAAAAUAUGCAACCAAGUGGCCCAAAUGAAACUGUAAAAGUUUGAUCAGGUAACCAUUAUAAAACUGUGUUUAUGACUUUGCUAUAAGAGUUGAUUUUAAACCAGUUAGCAUGCUUUUGUGCUGUUCUUCUUUUGACCAUUGGCUGGGUUUGUAUUUAUGCUGUACUGUACAUCAACACAUCUAUGUUUACUUUACUCAAGGUUCAGGUGAUGCGAGGGAUCAUACACAGACUUCUGAACAUUUGUGCCAUCAACUUCUAAUUAGUUUUUUAUAUCUUACCCACGGCUGCCAGUCCUCACUGUCAUACUGUACAUACUGUAGCUCUCUAGAGUUGGUUUUUGUAUCAUGUAAGCCACUUUCACAUGGCAGGUAUUUAUGUUGGGUGUCACACAUUUCACAGUGGUUUAGUUUAUGAUGUAGUCAAUGCAGCAACAGUAGAUAUAAAGUUAUAGAUCAUUGCCAACAAAUACUAUGAAACCAGUUAUCAAAAUAUGAGCCAUGCAGCCAUAACAGAGAUGAUCCGUGCCCACAAACACCAUGAAGUUAUUAUCCAGUGAUCAUGAAUUCUGAUGGCUAAUUGAAUCAAUAACGUGGAUGAUUUUUGAAAAAAGAGGUUGGGUUGUGAUAUGAGGUCAAAGAUGUAAAUAGUAUCUAAAACAAAUGACUGUGACUAUCAUGUAAUUUGUUUUUGUGUAGUUUUUCUCUAAUUGCUCCUCCAUGUUGAGGUUUUUACAGUGACGCACGCCUGCUCCCAAAAUGUUUUAAUACUAAGAUGUUACUGUAAAUGGGGCUUAAGGAACGUGUUCUUUUUAAUAUUGGGCUUAAUAUUGAAUCAUAUCUGCAAAAGACAAUUUAAAAUUGAGUUUGACACAUAUAUAUUUCCAAGAACAUAUUAUCAGUGCUUUCCUCUUUUAGGUUGGGAAAUACCCUGUUUGUUCUGACGCCCUGAACUGCCUGUAAGUCACUGGGACAAUGUGGAAGUUGAUGGGCUCAUGACAAGAAUGAGUAAUGCCAAGGUCUGAUUGGAUUUCCUGUUCCAUAUUGAAGAAGUGUCUCAGUCUGUUUUUCCCUCAUAUUAUUUUUUUUUUUAUAAAUCUAUGCAGUUUUGGUCUGGCAUUCCUGCAACUUCAUGGCCAUUUUGUUCUAAAGUCAAAAACAAUGAUCAUAAACAGAAGGUGUGAGCAUUUUGUAAGGACUUCUUUAGUCUUUUUUUGUUUCCAAUGUAACAGGAUUGAAAUGGGUAUUGUGCCACUUUAUGUUGAUCUUUAAAUGUGCAAUAAAUUAUAUUUCAAAUGUG